UGGCCGCCCUGCAUGAGUCCGUCAGCUUGCCCAGGGACACAGGCUCCCAAAAACAAAAGACAACAUCCUGGGUCGCCCUGUCGUUUGCGGGCCGUGUGGUGGUAGUUGAUCCACCCGAUCCGGCACUUCAAUGUACAGCAAGUACACUGCCAUCUGGAUCCAGCGCCUGCAGCCUCGCAGAUUUGUCGCUAUGUAUCGUUAACACCUCAUGCAGUUCUCUCUUCCUCGGUGCGGAGUUAACGCAAGCCAGACCAGCUGUGAGGUGCAGUGCCGAAUGUCCGGUGUCUGCGCCCGCUGGUUGAUUCCAGUUUACUAUCGUUGUUGUGCUGUGUUAUGGAUGGUUUUCGGAGUUACGGCCGCGUGGGUGUUACACAGCGAGUCAGCUGCGUUGUGUCCGUUCUUUUUGCUUACGUGGGCCCGGUGUCGCACCCCGUACGAAGUCGGGCCAAAGUCGGACACACGAUAUCCUACUCAAAAGGGGUGUCGCAUUAUCCAAACUUCGCAGUCAGAUGUCAAGUCCCGCCGAGCCAAGCGUUCGAGUGGCAGGCUGUUCGUGUUUUCGGCAGCUUGAUGGCCCCUGCUGAUCGCUUCGGAGAUAUUUUAAGAACGUUAUGUUAUCUCUGCUCAGGUCCUUGCGAUAGCGUUGGGAAUAAUCAAGCGAUCUCAGCCUCCCAGUUAGAUGUCUCUCCCUCUCCCCUUCCUCCAGCCACAAUCGUGAAGCGCGCAAAACAAGGUUAUCGGGUCCUCGUAUCUCCUUAUCAGAAACACGACGUGGACGUGGAGAUGCAGAUCUCUCUUGCAAGCUAUGCAUACUUCGUAUUCAGUCGCAGAGGGCACUCAGCUCUUCUAGGGAGGGCUCGAUCGGCCUCAUCCGAUACCCGUCGCUUGCGUGCAAGCGAACCAGUCAGAGAGGCUCCCUGAGGAGUGCCAGGUUUUCCGUUGUGGCUGUGCCCUCGACAGCUCGCUCUGUUUUCGGCUG